AUGGCACAAUAUCCGCAUCCCUCCUCUCGUAUCUCCCGCCAAGGUCAGAAUAGAAGCCUUCAGCACAGUCGGAGCCAAACUUACUCACAAGCCAGGAACCAGAACCGCCACCAGAACCAGAACCAGGGUCAGAGUGACAGUCAGAGUUACUACCACCAGAGGGGCAGUGAGAGUGAUAAUUACAGUCUGCCCGAUAUAGACGAUGAAGGCGAGGACGGCGACGAGGAUGAAGACUCAGAAGGUGUGAUCAUGGCAGUUGAUUACAAGAGCCGGAAGAUUGGUUGCGCAUUUUACUCGAUGGUGGAUCAGAGGUUGAGCUUGAUGGAGGAUAUCGAACUACCAACCUCUGAAUGUUUGGAAGCUCAUGAAUAUGCGACCCCGUAUUACAUCUCCAUUCGCCCGACCGGAGAAUUUUCCUACGAGGCAGCAAGGAACAAAUUAAUCUCCAUAAAAAUCGGGCAAGCAGACGGUCCAAUUCUAACUCUCCAGACUCCGGGCGAUAUUCACGACAUAACCACAGACCAGAAAAGACGUGGAAACUUACUCCGGCUUGCCGGCUGGGUCAACGUUGAUAGCAGGAUCAGCGUUGGAUGCUCUGGGGCUGUUUUGACCUAUUUGCAGAGGAAACAGGCAGCAACAUCGCUGACUGAUAGAGUAGUUUCUGUGGCAAAUCUCGAGAUGUGGAGCAUGAAUAACACCAUGUUUGUCAAUGCCGAUACAAUGUGUGCUCUCCAGAUAUUUGAGGACGAGUCGCAUCCAAAUUUCCUAAUGCAAGGUCCCCAUGGGCGGGGGAAAGAAGGGCUCUCACUCUUUGGAAUAAUGAACUUGACCCGCUCCCCCUUAGGGCAUACUAUGCUGAAGCAAUGGUUUCUACGGCCGUCGCUUUCUAUAGAAGCUAUCAACGAACGGCAGGACUCUAUUUCAGCUUUUUUAAGGCCCGAUGUCUCUCACAUGACACAGGUAAUUGGCAAAAGCAUACGAAAAAUUAAGAACAUUCCAAAGAUACUCGCUGGUUUAAGAAAGGGUCCAGGCCGGGAAGGUCGGAGUGGGGAAUGGAGUGCUCUCCAACAAUUUUGUUUUUACGCUCUCAAGAUCAAGACCUGCUUAGAGGAGAUGAGCGGAAUCGGAGGAUUGCAAAUAAUCAAGAAGGUCGCUGAAAACUUUAACGUACCCUCACUCCAAGAGGUUGGGCAAAUGAUCACCGAAACCAUUGACUUUGAGGAAUCAGUUGCUUUGCAUCGUGUGGUAAUACAGCGAAACAUAGAUGAAGAGCUAGACGAAAUGAAGCGAUUGUACGAUGGGUUGGGAGACAUGUUAGGCACAGUCGCCAGAGACAUUGCCAGAGACAUGCCGCUUGACGUUGCAACAUCCUUGAACGUUAUAUUCUUUCCACAAAUUGGAUACUUGAUUGUCAUCCCUGCACAGGGCACUGGCAACACUACACAUGGACUGCUCAACGACCCCUCGGGAGGGCCUGCAUACGCCCAAGAGGGAUGGGACCUUCAGUUCUGCACCGAGACCAACUGGUACUAUAAGAACCCACAAAUGAGAGAUCUGGAUGACUACUUCGGAGAUUUGUAUGGACGUGUAUGUGACAGAGAAAUAGAAUUAGUUCAUGCUAUGAAAUGCCGAGUGCUACAACAUGACGUUGCACUUGCCAGUUGCGCGAUGGUCUGCGCAGAGCUUGAUUGUCUCUUAGCUAUGGCCGAAGCUGCGGAAAGGUAUAAAUUUACAUGUCCAGUUAUCGUCACAGACAAUGUGAUCAAUAUUAAAGGCGGCCGGCAUCCACUACAAGAGCUUUGCGUCUCUGCAUAUAUUGAGAAUGAUACACUCGUUGCUGGGGGAGAAGGGACAUUGGGAGAAGUGGUGGUUGAAGCACCCGACAAUGGAGGCCCGAGGAGCGCGGAAAGAUCAAGAGCAGAUAUUUCUAACGGAGAUGGAGAAAAUGCGCCUAGCAUGAUGCUCCUUACUGGCCCUAAUUACUCGGGGAAGAGUGUUUACCUGAAACAGGUCGCACUAAUUGUUUACAUGGCCCACAUUGGCAGUUUUGUACCCGCGAGGGGUGCUGUGAUUGGCUUGACGGACAAGAUAUUGACUCGGAUACAAACGAGAGAAAUGCUAAUUUCUUUGAAGACUCAAAGCGCGUUUAUGAUCGAUCUCCAACAAAUUUCCAGCUCACUGAGACUCGCCACGAGACGAAGCCUUUUGAUUAUUGACGAGUUUGGGAAGGGCACAGAUUCGAGUGACGGGGCGGGAUUACUAAGAUUCUCACCAGUAGCUUCGGAACUAUUUGCGCGGCACUCAACGGGAUUCACCCAGCAAUUGUGUCAAGAGCAGAGGACUUGA